AGAAGAAGACUCCCAGCAGUCGCAGGGUGAUGACCUGACAACUGGAAAAUGGAGAGAAAACACAUGUCAGCUUUUGCUUUGUAUCAAACGUUGUCAGUAGACGAUCCUCCUCCUGCUACGAAGCCUCCAGGGCAGGUGGCAGAGAAGAAGAAAAGGAAAAGGGAGAAUGGGACCAAUAAGGUCAACACAUUUAAAGCUCAAUUAAAGCCUGAAAGGAAAAAAAUGAGAAAGAAGCUCCAAAAGGCUGCACAGAGAGAGGAGAGCCUGAAGGGAACUGCAGAAGACGAGGAAUGUGUAAAUGGAGACGGUGAGGCUCUGGACUCUCUGCUGGCCGACCUGACGAAAGUCAACAACAGCAGGGAGCGAGCCAGCCAGCUGUUCCAGUGGCUCAUCAGCCCCAUUCCUGCCAAGACCUUCUUCAGGGAAACAUGGGAAAAGAAGCCCAUCCUUGUGCAACGUAAGGAUCGGGAUUAUUACAAAGGAUUAUUCUCCACAGCGGAGUUUGAUCGCAUAUUAAGACAGGAGGAUGUUCAGUAUGGAGUGAAUCUGGAUGUCACGAGUUACACUAACGGCAAAAGGGAGACGCACAAUCCUCCAGGGAGAGCUCUGCCUUUCACUGUGUGGGACUUCUAUGAGAGAGGCUGCUCCCUCCGCAUGCUGAACCCCCAGGCCUUCUCCUCCACUGUGUGGAACGUGUUGUCCAUCCUCCAGGAGCAGUUUGGCAGCAUGGCAGGGGCCAACGUAUACCUGACACCACCUGGAACACAAGGCUUUGCGCCACAUUAUGACGAUAUUGAAGCGUUUGUGGUUCAGCUGGAAGGGAAGAAACAUUGGAGAGUGUACAACCCAAGGACGGAUGAUGAGGUCUUGCCUGUGUUGUCAAGUGCAAACUUCAAGCAGGCAGAAAUCGGGAAGCCGAUCCUUGAAGUGGUGCUUGAAGCCGGGGAUCUUCUUUACUUUCCCCGAGGGUUCGUCCACCAGGGCGACUGCCUCCCCGACGCUCACUCCCUCCACGUCACCAUCUCUUCCUACCAGAAGAACAGCUGGGGGGAUCUGCUGCAGAAGGUGGUUCCAGCCGCUUUGGAAAUAGCCAUGGAGGAGGAUGUGGAGUUCAGACAGGGCUUACCUCUGGAUUACCUGACAUACAUGGGAGUACAGAACUCUGACAAGGAUGACCAACGCCGGACAAAAUUCUUCCAAAGAAUCGAAUCUCUGAUGAAAAAGUUGACAAACUAUUCCCCGGUGGAUGCUGCCGUGGAUCAGAAAGCCAGAGACUUCCUGCAUGACUGCCUUCCUCCCAUGCUCACACCAGAGGAGCUGGCCAGCAGUGUGCAGGGAGCAUCUGCCAGGUGGGAGAGCGGGCAAGUUGUAGAUGCAGGUGCAAAUAUCACGAGCCAAACCCGAGUCAGAGUUCUCCGUGCCGGCUGUGCCAGGUUAUGCAGCGAUGGAGAAGCUGUUCAUCUUUACUACACAACAGACAACUCCAGAGUUUACCACAAAGAGGAGCUCAAGAGUUUUGAAAUAAAUGCAGAGCACACAGACGCCGUGGAGUUUCUGAUCCAUUCAUAUCCCAAAUUUGUGACCGUAGGAAGUUUCCCAUGUGAUUCAGCAGAGGACAAGAUCACUUUGGCUGAGCUGCUGUUUGAGAGAGGGAUUAUCCACACUGCAGAACCGCUGUAGUGGCCACAGAUUCUUCAGUCAUGCUGACUGCAUGAAAAGAUUGCCUCUGUCCAAAAUACUGCAAAAACCCUUCUUGUCCCAAGUCGUCUUCAUCAGCUAUAAUGGAAUGGCAACACUGAACAACACAUUUAUAAAUUUCCUCUGUUUAACAUCAAUUAAAGAAGUUUUUGAAAAAAUUAAA